AUGAAUGAAGAAAUACAAGAUACAAUUAAAGAAAAAAAUGUACAUUUACAAAUGGCUGAAAUGGCUUAUGAGGAGAAAAAAAAAGAUAAAGCUCUAAGUACUGUUAACAAUGAAAUAUUAUCUGUGUCAUUUGAUUUACAAAAAUGUUUAGCUACACCAUUCUUAUCUAGUGGUCUUUCUUUCUACAAGCGACAAUUAUGGACCUUCAAUUUAACUAUAUAUGAGACAUAUGGUGAUAAAAACUAUUCAUAUUGUUAUCUAUGGGAUGAAACUAAAGCAAAUCGUGGUGGUCAAGAAGUAGCAUCUUGUAUUUAUAAAUAUGUUAAUGAUAAACUUGAUAAAUGUGAUAGUAUUAAAGAGAUCAUCUUUUACAGUGAUUGCUGCCCAGUUGGUUGUUUGAAAGAAAAAGGAAGAGAUCUGAUUAUCCAUCAUACAUUUUUAAUACCUGGUCAUACACACAUGGAGGCAGAUACAAUUCAUGCAGCCAUUGAAAAACAAAAAAAACGUACAAUGAUAGAUAUUGAAUUGCCAAGAGACUGGGCUAUACUCAUAAGUUCAGUUCCAAGAAAGCCUCCAAUAAAUGUAAUACAAAUGGAGCAAUACAACUUUUUAAACUUCAAAGAGUUAAUUGGUAAAGUAUUUAUACAUAAAAAAAUUAAUAUUGAUGGUGAAGCUGUGGGGUGGAAUAAGAUUAGGUGGAUGAAGUACAUGACUAAUAAUUUUGGAAAUAUUUUAUAUAAACAUUCCUUCUCCUGUGAUGAAAACCAAACAUUUAAAAUAUUGGACUUAACAAAAAAAACCAGACGUUCUUGUGAACUACAUGCUCUACACACUAACCUUCUACCACUUGAAGCAAAAAAGUUAAAAUACUUACAGUCUUUAUUACCUUUUAUCAGUGAAUCAAGCCGUCCGUUUUACUAUUCAUUAAUAAACAACUCCACAACUUGUAGAUCAAGUGAAGAAGAAAGUGAUUAA